AUGACGGGACUUUAUGUUGCUAUUGAAUGCCUUGUUCCCGAUGAAGAUGAAAAUGAUACUUUGAGACAAGAAUUGAAUCUCUACAUUGAUUUAAAUGGACAAUUUGGAUCUCCAGCUGCUAAAAGGACUAUGACAAAAGUUGCACAAUAUGUUGAGGAUAAUGAUGAUUGGACAAUACCAACGGAAGAUGAGCUUCAAGACUUUGUGGAUGGUGGUGAUGACCUUCUUUGGUCAGAUGUGCAAGAAGCAAUGGGAAAGAAUGUAGAUGCUCAUCCAAAUGUUAGGAGAAAAGGAGAACAUUAUAGAGAUGAUGAUGAUGAUAUUGUAGAUGUGGGGAAUGAUCUUGAUGAAGAAGUGAAUGCCUUGGAUGAUGUUGGCUCGGAUGCUGAACCUGUGCCAUGCGAUUAA